UUUUGGUGUAUCACUGUGAAACUAUUUACACAAAACCAAAAUUAGCAUUUUCUCAGUAUUUUUUUAUGUCCAGCUUUUUAAAGCCCGAUGUCCAGUUUUUUUGCGAAUCGGAAUAUGGCAACCCUAGUGUCAAUGCACAGUUUUGCAACAACAAUAAAAUUAUUAUUUAUACUUUAGCAAUGAUAGAGUUGCAGAGAAAGUAUACUGCGGUGAAUUUAUCGCAAGAAGUGGAAGAAAUUUUAAAUAAUUUUGAUAUUUCUAAACAUCAAAUUUACUGUGUAACAACAGACAACGGGCGUAAUAUGUUGAAAACCAUAGAAAAUUUAAAUGAAGUUAACUUUACUGAGGUAGAAGAAUGAGAUUUCUGUAACGUGGUAGAAGACAUUUCAAUUCAUGCUAUCACAUCAAUUAGAUGUGCUGCCCACACGUUACAACUAGGCGUAAAAGAUUUUUUCAAGGAAUUAAAUUCAAAACCACUUGUAACAAAAGCGCGUGAAUUAGCAAAAUCUCUUAGAUGUCCAUCUAACAGGUAUUGUAGUAAAUAAGAUAUUUAUAUAUUUGUUUUAAAGAAGUUUUGUAUAACUAGGUAUUUAAUUUCAAAUCUAAAGCUACCUCAGCCCGAAGUAGAUUAGCAACUCGUUGGAAUUCAACGUUCAAAACCAUGAAAAAGCUUUUAAAUUUUCAACAUUUUUGCGAGACACAUUUAGAAUCAAAAAACCUUACUUCUAUUGAAUUGGAUGACUUAAAAUCUUUAAUGCAUCUUUUAGAACCUGUAUAUAUAACUACGCAAAAGUUACAAGAAAAACAGUUAUAUUUUAGUGACUUUUAUAAAUUAUGGAUGAAAAUGAAGUUAAGGGUAAAAGCAAUGAAAUCUAGUUAUAGUAUCAUUUUAGUGGAUUGUUUGGAGAAAAGAGAAGUACAUUUAUUGGACAAUGACAUCGUUUUUACAGCCUUAUAUUUAGAUCCAAGACUUCGAAGAAUUUUGCUUCAAACCCCCAAUAAUAUGAUCAGGGCCAGAAAAUUUUUAAACUUUUCCAAAAAAAAAAGUGACGACGUGUCUUCCAAUGUUUUAAACAAUCAAAUUGAUUUAAUUACCAAUUAUGAUGUUAAUGAAAGUGAAAGCAAUUUUACACUAAUACUUAGGAACAUUUCUAAAUUUAAUUGAGGUGGUUUCAAACGAUGAAGAGUCAGAUGAAGAAGAGGAUGAAUUACGAAAAGCAAUAGCUGAAAUAAUAGAUUAUAACCCGUUGGAUAUCAACAUGGACAUAAUGAGAUUUUGGGAAGAAAAGAAAUAUUCCCAUCCGUAUUUAUAUAAACUUGCAAACGUUAUUAAUAGCGUACCCGCUACUCAAGUAUGUGUGAAAAAUGUUAACGGACCUUAGGUCUAAUUUAUCUGUAGAUUCUUUGCAAAAAUUAUUGUUACUAAAACUAAAUAGCAAAUAAAUAAUAUUUAAAUAUUUAUUUACAUCAUAAAUAUGUCCAUUAUAAAUAUGUAAUUCCAUUGUUAACUAUAAACUAUAUUCAAUUACUACAUAUUAUGCCAUAAGAAAUACAAAUC